AAAACAUCCACAAACGACCAAAACUUAUCAACUUCCAAUGCUUGAUGGAAAGGCAUUGCGCCUUGCCUGUGAAUAAUUGUUCGUGUGACACAUACGCUUGUUUUGCUCUAUCAAUUAAGAUGUAUUUUUUGGCUCACUUACCGAAGUUCCACUCAACAUCGUUUAUACAUUCCACUUUUGAAGCCUUCAUCCGACUUUUUUUAAUUCAAUGUCAUCUCCGAUGAUUCAAACUCCUCUAAGUCCUCUCGACCUUGAUGAAAUUAGAACCUGCAUCGGCUCAUUCCUCUCACCAGGAGACAUUUCUCGCUGUAUUCGUGUCUCCAAGGCCUGGCAUGCCUCCUUCAGUCGACUGCUUUGGUACCAUAUCAUACUUCAUGGAGUCCGUAACCACAAACUACCUAGUCUAGAUCAGCUUCAAGCCCAUGCUUCUCUUAUUCGGACCAUCGAGUUUAAAGGUCAUAUCCUAAAUGAUUAUUUCCUUUUGAAUGGUUGUUCUCGUCUGGUCUCCCUCACAUUCGAACAUACUCGGUUUUGUGCACCACCUCCGAGUCUCUUGGACGACUUUAUCCGUAAUCAUGCUGCAACAUUACAACAUAUUCAGUUCCGUAUUAGUGCGCCUAUUCUUUCCGGCAGAGUCAUCUACAGCGGAAUCGAAACAUGUCAACGUCUAAAGACUUUAAAGUUGAUAGAUGUUACCAUGUCCAACGACGGACUUCAAGCGUUUUUACAAGCCUGUGCCCGUGUCAAUGGAAGUGGACGUGAGCGUGAGGAUGUGCGCGAAGAUGAAUAUGAGGAUGAAAGUCAAGGUCAAAGCGAGAACGCACAGGCCUCUGGAAUAAUCUCACUAAGUCUAAUUGACUGGACUCUUCCAGGGCUGGAUGGCACAGAUACACAAUGGAUCUCACGACUAGAACCAUUGAGAUCUCUUAGACAUAUACAAAUGGAAGGUGUAAGAGGCAUGAAAUUUGAUGAUCAACUGGAACUACUCAAGUUAUGUCCAAACAUCCGCUCUAUACUCUGGAGAGGAAUCCGAUUCAAGGCUUACUUUGGGGUGGAGCAAUUUCGGGAUGGUAUCAUUGCUGGAAGAUGGCCCCACCUGAAUGCGCUCGAUGUCAUUGGUAAUGAAUUUGAUGAUGAGGGAUUGGCAGGCAUUGUAGGCGGCCUCAGGACAAGUCUUGAUAAAUUGUUGGUCAAGGCGACGGGGUUUGGACCUCAAACAUUGGAAGCCUUGAUGAUGGCCACGAUGGCUACGACGGCAAUGGACCAUCAACAGCCACAGCCACAGUUACAAAUACAACGACACCAACACUACCUUCACAUUCGUGAGCUUGAAAUCUAUGCAUGCCCCGCUGUGACAAGUGACAUGAUUCAACGCAUAUUGGUGAACAUGCCUUCGUUGGAGUACUUUUCUGGAGACCGAUUGUGUGUGGCUGAUAUGUUGGGGAAACCUUCGUCAAAUUUUCCUGAUAAUGGACAAAUUUGGGGUUGUGAUAAACGGCUUCGAGUGUUGAAAUUGUGCAUCGACAUGGAUAUUCAUGCAGACCCCACGACACCAGAAUAUCGUGCUCAACAGGAACGAGUCUAUCAGCAGUUGGGAGCUCUGCAUCAGCUGGAGACAUUGGAAGUAACUCGGUUUUUGGUCAAUAUGCCUCCGUCGUUCAAGACACGCAAGUUGGAUCAUCGAUUGAGUGCAGGGUUGAGUCAUUUGGCGUCAUUAAGGCGGUUAAAAAAGUUUUUGUUUAUAGCUGGACAGGAAUUGGGAGUGGCUGAGAUUGAAUGGAUGACCAAGUCGUGGCGAAGGUUGGAAGCAAUAUCAAGAUAUCUGCAUCCAAAUGAUCUCACCAAUACUUCUUUAACAAACUAUUUAACUCGGUGUGGGGUAAAAGUUCUCUGA